GAUCACAUUAAAUAUUAGUGAAAGAAAUUUAAAUAACAACAAUAAAAGAAAAUAAAUUUAAUAAUAAAAUAAAAAAACAACAACAAAAAGUAAUACACGGUUGCCAAGCAUCAUCAUCAUCAUGUUCUUAAUCAUGCACAUAAAAAAGCGGCAUUUGAGGGGUCCCAUACACAACAAAAACACACACAACCUCAGACAAACGGACAGACACUUUUUGUUGUAUUUCUAUCACAACAAACAAUUUUUUAUUUAAGUUUUUUUAUUUUCCAAUAAUUUUCUACAUUCCCCCCACUCCCUCUUAAUUUUAUAUUAAAAAAAAAAACAAACAACCUCUAAGAGCCAUAGAAUUUGUUUGCAACAUAAAAAAUUCUUUAACAUAAGAAUAAUCAACUAAAAAAAAUACACAUUGUAUAAAAAUAGAAAAAUCAAUUCCAUGAUGAUAAUAUGGGCAAGGAACUACUAACCAUUCAUGUGAAAAAUUUCAAAAAAAUAGAGUGCCACACUAAAAAUGAGAGCAACGAAAAGGGAGAAUGACUGUGUGUUUCUGAAAUGAGUAAAUAAAAGAGAAAUUGCAAAAGAGCGAGAGAAGAAAUAAGGAAAGUUUGUAUGUGUUUAGUAAUAUUACUAAAAAGCUUUUAGAAAAAUAAGUACUAAAAUAAGUAAAUAACGGUAUGUUUUCACUUAGGUUGUUGUGAAAGUAAUUCAGCUUUUUUAUAGAUUGUUUUUCAGUGAGAAACUAGGGGUGAAGUAUUUAGUACAUAUGUACAAUUCUCUGUCAUAUUGUAAUUAGUACCAAAAAAGUUUACUUCAGUAAUAAUGGGAAUUACGAAACUGUCGAAAAAGAAUUUGGGACUUCAAACUAAUUUCUUUUAUGUUGUGGCUAACGAUGCUCUAGUAAAUCAAAAGACUGUACCUUAUCAGGUCGCUCGGAAAUAGAUUUAGAUCAUAUAUACAUACAUAAGGUGAUCGUCUGAGCGUUUAUGUAUUUAGUUUAUGAUUAAGACGAAUCUAUUAAUAUGCCCCCAUUCACAAUUAAAUAAAUCAGAAUGACAGCCUAGCGAUACCCCGGAAUUAAUCUUGAACUCGUUACAAUACUCAACUAAGACCGAAUUCAAUCGAGAGUAGAUUGUAAGCGUCACCAAAUGUAUAUAUACUAUAUAAAACCCCUAGGAAAUAUCUAGAACCAAAACAUGUUAAAUGAAAAGACACAAUUUCUCCAUGUUGAAUGAAAAGACACCAUUUCUCCUUAAAGAAUGAUAGAUUCACAUAGAUUAACCUUUAGGAAAGCCAUAAUAUCGGUUUUUUAACAAUUGAAUUGGUAAUUGGACCAUAGCUUUGGAAAGCACAGAAACAAUAGUAACAACUGAUAAGGACUAAGUGGAAACUUUCUACAAAUAAUUUAUGUUAUUUGGUACUAACAACUGUAUAUUUAACUCUCAUGCAGCAAUUUGAAAAAUUUUUGCAAAUUGCUUUCAAAAUUUAUGAGGAUCGGCACAUAAUCCAACAAACCAUGAUGAUAUGAUUCGACGUUGCCAUAAAUAACAUAGUUUCAAAUAUGUAUUUUCCAAAGAGUACCGUUUUCCAAAUGACUUGGUACAUUUUCCUAUUGCUUCUCUGCAUCACUGAUGAGAACGAAAAUCAAAGAGAGAUAUAUAAAAAGCUACAAAGAAAAAGAGAGAGGCAGAGAGGGAGAGAUAAACUUAAUGUAAAAUACAUAAAUUUUGUAUUAUUUUCUUAAGGGAGCUUCCUGUUAUUUUUGUUUAGGUGUUUUUUUCCUACUUGUAGUUUCGUUUAGUUUUCCCCAAGAUGCUUGCGGAAAAUGUGGAAAAACAACGACAGUUUUCCCAAUAAUAAUUGCGUGUUUAUGUGCGUGUUGUGUUGUGUCAUAUCACAAAAAUCAUAAAAAAUGGGGUGUUCCUUUUUCAAACAACAAUAACAACACUCAAAAAUAAAAUAAUCCAAAAAGAAAAACAACACAAACAAAAACAAUAAAAAAUAGUAUAAGCUAAAUGAAAUAACACACUAUACCAAAUUUAUUCAAAAUAAAGUGCUAAAAUACGACAACAACAAAAGAAAAUAUAUAAUAAAAAUAAAAUGAAAAUUAAAAGUAAAAUAAAAACCCUUAAACAAACUGAAACAAGUUAACGAUUAACAAAACCAAAAAACCCUAAAAGAAAUUGUAUUUGUUUAUAACACAUCAAGGACUACUCUUUAAAAACAAAGAGGCGUUAACCCUACGAAAAUAUUAAGGCCUACAGACAAAAUGCCGACAAAUGUGACCUCAUAAAUUUAUGGCCAAAUAAUGUUUUUGCGGCCCCAGUUUCAAAAUUCUAAAACAAAUAAAAAAUAUUAACAAACAAUAAGAAAAUAUAAUAAUUGUGAUUUUAAAAUCAUCAAUUAUUAUAUAUCAACUAAAAUAUUAUGGGCUGUGGACAAAGUAAAAUCCAUCUUUAUCCUAGAAAAUCGAAAAGUAAAGCAAAUGGCAAGAAAGGAGGGCAUGGCGAUUCAGAAGCGGAAACAGACGAAGAAGAAGGUCAUAUUGAAGAUGCCGAAAAUCGAGAUCGUGACAGAACUGAAGAGUCUGAAGAAAAUAGCAAUAAAGAAUCGGGGGAAUCGGAUGAGGAGGUAUCGGUGUCCUUAUUGAGAGCGAGAAAUCUCUCGUUACUACAAAGCCAGGAAAUUUCCAGUAGUCAGCAAAACUUUUUUCGAAUGCUAGACAAAAAAAUUGAAGAGGGUCCUGACUACGAUUCUAACAGUGAAACGGAAAUUGCUCUGGAAGAAGCUCGUUUAAAUGCUUUGGUGCAACAUUGGGAAUCGGCUAGUUUGACGGCUUCAAUGUGUUCCUCGGCCAGCCGAUCGCUGCAAACAACACCGGUGCGUCAGACACCAGCCAAACAAUUGACCACGGCCACGCGGGCUUUGCUACCAACCGGUUUACCACCACAAGUUCUAAACUCAGAGUUUCUACCUCAUCCUGGUACGCCACCCACAAGCAGCCAACUGACGGCCGGUGGUACACUCAAACUAACGCCUAGUAAACAAAUAACCAUUCCUCAAAUGAAUUCUGGCAUGUUGCAUCAAAUAUCGGUUAUGCCACAAAUACCCUUAAGUAUAAACACCGAGACUUCGUCGCCCAACAUGGCCACCGUUACCGCUAAUACGUCCAAUGCCCUGGCAAUAAUGCAGGCACCCAAUGCACAAACUACGCCACAAUAUAUGCUGGCCAUUCCGACAGGAUCCUCGCCUCUCUUAGGAAAAACUGGACAGGUUAGUCCUAAGCGUUUGGUUGACGGACGUUUAUUGAUCAAUACGACGAGUCCAUUGUGUAGCACACAACAAAUGCAACCACCCCCGCCGACCAAUCCUUUACAACAGCAGUAUAUAACCGCUACCCCGCCAAAUUUACAACAACAGCAACAACAAACAGCCCCAUUAAAUUAUGUCAAUGGUGGACGAGCGCCACCACCAAACCAAUCGGCGGUAGGCAUGCAAUUGGCAUACUACGGACAGGCUGCCACAAUGCAACAGAGUAUGCAACAGUAUAGUGAUACGAUAACACAACAACAACAGCAGCAACAACAACAACAGAUGCAGCAACAACAGCAACAAUAUGAACAAACUCCACAUAGCCAAAGUCAAACGCCCUCGUCAUCAUCAUCGGUAGGAUCAGCUGCCUAUUAUGGUGAUGUCAUGCAUAACGCUCAGGCUCCUAAUACUGAAUACCGGUUCCCACCAGCCAUUAGUGUGCAACGUUUGGCACCACAAGUGCAGCGUCAACUGCGCGAAACACAAGAACUCAUUAAAGACUCAUGUCCACAAUUAUAUGCUGCUGGUUAUGGUAGUCCUGGGCCACCGCCGCUACGCAAUCAAGCGGCUGUCACAGCGCGUAAUCAUCCAAACAACAGAAGACCUACCCUGGAGACACAAUUCUCCCAGGAACUCUCGUGAUAUCUACACAAUUAACACAAACAGUAAAACAAAACAAACACAUACAUACAUAAAUACAUUAGUAAACUAAAGCUAAUUAAGACAAAAUUUAGCACGUUAACAAAUUAAGUUAAUAACAAAAUCAUAAGCGAAAGGAUAAAAAUUAAAUUAAAUAACAAAAAGUAAAUUUAACGUAAAAUGCAUUAGAAUCACAGAGUGGCAGAGUUGAAUAAGCUGGCACCACCACUAAGGCGGUGAAUAUACAUUAACGUAGACAAUUUAGGCAGAACUGGACUUGGUAAAGAGUCAAAGCAAGACAUGAGUUUGCAAGAAGUCAAAUUGUGUACUUUAAUAUUACAGAAAAAUGAAAACAAAAUAAAAAAAUUUCGUUAAAUACUAAUUCAGAAUAAUUAAAUAAAAUUAAGAAAAAAAAUUAAGCCAAAUAAUUAAAAAUGAAAAAUCAUCUCAAAGAAAUCACACAUAAAUUACAUAACACAAAAAAAAUAAAACACACAAAAAGAAGGACUCAGUUUUUGAUUAAUUUACAAAUUUACCAAAUAUUUUGAAUGUAACGUAAUAUCUUGCUCGCUCUCUCCCUCUUUAUAAAAUGUACACUCAUUCAAAUUUCAUUCUACCAAAAUUUCUUGCGCCAAAAAUCAAAUAUCGGAAAAAUAAAAGAACUGUAAUAAACAAACGACCGCCCUCUAUUAUUUCCUUAUUGUCAUAUAAUCGAUCACACAACCAUGCCUACAUCAUACUAUAUAAACCUUUAUACUCGUAUUCGAACAUGUACCGUCGUUAUAUUUAUUAUUGAUCUUAUUAUUAUUUACAAAAUCCUGAUGCACCAUAUAGGAAUUACUACGUAUACAAACAAAAACAAAAAACCGGAAAUAAAAACAAAAACA